ACGGGCUGAAAUUCCUUUAGGGCACCGGGAACGGCUUUCCUGUGGUUCAGGAUACUCGCUCACGCGGUGUUCCGGACAUCGUGCCUCUGGGGUCUCGCUGUGGGAAGCUUUGAGGGGGGAGUGUUCAAAGGUGGAGCUUUAAGUCUGAGCUUGCAGGACGGGACACAGAGGCGGAUGUUUGAUGUUUUAAUCUUCUCUCUCUCUGCACUGGGAGACGGUUUCACGAUGGAGGGGAUCUGAUCACCACACGAGACUUGAGAGACUCUCCAGUGAGGUUUGAGAUAACGGAGUUUAUCUGCACUGACACCCGAUUCCAGAGGACUUGUUCGAGAGACAUCUUGUUGUCGGUGGAAACCGGCGCCAUGGCCGGGGUCACGAGGAAGGGCUCCGGGAGACCCUCGUACUACUACAGAUUCCUGGGCAGGUCCCGACUGCAGCGUCAGCGAAGCCGGUCCCGCAGCCGCACCAGGCCGCCUACCAGCAGGGAGUCUCCUCCGGAGAGGACGGGGCGCCGACGCAGCAUGCCGGGCAGCUCCUCAGACAAGAACACGCCCACUAUGGAGGCCACGCCCACUGCCGCCACACCUUUCAGAGUCACCGUGAGUACUGGCUUUCUAAGUCGCCGGCUGAAGGGUUCGAUAAAACGCACCAAGAGUCAACCCAAACUCGACCGCAACUCCAGCUUCAGGCACAUCCUCCCCGGCUUCAGGAGCGUGGACAACGACAGAUCUCAUCUGAUGCCAAGGCUGAAGGAGUCUCGCUCCCAUGAGUCAUUGCUCAGCCCCAGCAGCGCUGUGGAAGCCCUGGACCUAAGUAUGGAGGACGAGGUCGUCAUCAAGCCGGUUCACAGCAGCAUCCUCGGGCAGGACUACUGCUUUGAGGUCACCACCUCCACAGGAAGCAAAUGUUUUUCGUGCCGUUCGUCAGCCGAGAGAGACAAAUGGAUGGAGAAUCUGAGGAGGGCGGUGCAACCCAACAAGGACAACAGCCGGCGGGUGGAGAACCUGCUGAGGCUCUGGAUCAUCGAGGCCAAGGACCUGCCGGCCAAAAAGAAAUACUUCUGCGAGCUGUGCCUGGACGACUCGCUGUACGCCCGCACCACCUGCAAGCUCAAGACCGACAACGUCUUCUGGGGGGAGCACUUCGAGUUCAACAACCUGCCCGCCGUCAGGAGCGUGGCGGUCCACCUCUACAAGGACACGGACAAGAAGAAGAAGAAGGACAAGAACAGUUACAUCGGACUCGUCAACAUCCCCGUCGACGCCGUCACCGGCCGGCAGUUCAUGGAGAAGUGGUACGCCGUCAGCACGCCCAACCCCCCCAAGGGCAAGACGUCCGGGCCCAUGAUCCGGAUCAAGGCGCGCUACCAGAGCAUGAGCAUCCUCCCCAUGGAGAUGUACAAGGAGUUCGCCGAGUACACCACCAACAACUACAUGCUGCUCUGCUCGGUGCUGGAGCCCGGGAUUAGCGUCAAGAACAAGGAGGAGAUGGCGUGUGCGCUGGUCCACAUCCUGCAGAGCACCGGCAAGGCCAAGGACUUCCUCACAGACUUGAUGAUGUCAGAGGUGGACCGCUGCGGGGAGAACGAGCACCUCAUCUUCAGGGAGAACACGCUGGCCACGAAGGCCAUCGAGGAAUACCUCAAGCUGGUGGGCCAGAAGUACCUGCAGGACGCCCUCGGUGAGUUCAUCAAGGCUCUCUACGAGUCAGACGAGAACUGCGAGGUGGAUCCGUCCAGGUGCUCCUCGGGCGACCUGCACGAGCACCAGAGCAACCUGAAGAUGUGCUGCGAGCUGGCCUUCUGCAAGAUCAUCAACUCCUACUGUGUCUUCCCCCGAGAGCUGAAAGAGGUGUUCGCCUCCUGGCGACAGGAAUGCAGCAACCGAGGUCGCCCGGACAUCAGCGAGCGUCUGAUCAGCGCCUCGUUGUUCCUGCGCUUCCUGUGUCCGGCCGUCAUGUCGCCCUCGCUUUUCAACUUGAUGCAGGAGUACCCGGACGACCGCACGGCGCGCACGCUCACGCUCAUCGCCAAGGUUACGCAGAACCUGGCCAACUUCACCAAAUUCGGGAACAAGGAAGAGUACAUGUCCUUCAUGAACCAGUUCCUGGAGCACGAGUGGACCAACAUGCAGCGCUUCCUGCUGGAGAUCUCCAACCCGGAGACCAUCUCCAACACGGCGGGCUUCGAGGGCUACAUCGACCUCGGCAGGGAACUCUCCACCCUGCACUCGCUCCUUUCUGAGGUGGUGUCCCAGAUGGACCAGAGUGCCGCCUCCAAGCUGGGUCCUCUGCCCAGGAUCCUGCGGGAGGUGAACACGGCGCUGUCUAACCCGUCCUGCGUCACGGUGACGCCCGGCCCGUCCUCGGAGAACAUGGGCUGCAGCUCGCCCCCCCCCGAGGCCAGCUGCAGCAUCUCCAGCGGCCUGCAGAAGAUGGUCAUCGACAACGACCUGUCGGGGUUAGUCGACUUCACCAGGUUACCCUCCCCGACCCCGGAGAAUAAGGACCUGUUCUUUGUGACCCGGAGCUCAGGGAUCCAUCCUUCCCCGGCACGCAGUUCAAGUUACUCUGAGACCAAUGAACCGGACCUGGGCAUGGCCAACGGCAGCAAGAGCCUGUCCAUGGUGGACCUCCAGGACCCCCGCGGUCUGGAAGGCGGUCCGGGUCCGAGCUCCUCGGACGCCCUGGGCGAAGGCCCGAUCUCUGGGGGCGGCUGGUCAGCCAGAGUCCCGCAGGGCAACGUGCCCGGAGGUCCGACUCUGAGGAGGCCGGCACAGCCCCCCGCCGCCCUGGGCACAGAAACCCCGCCGGGCCGACCCCCCCAACUCCUCGCCCCCCUGUCCUUCCAAAACCCCGUCUACCAGAUGGCGGCCUGCAUGCCCGUGUCCCCUCGCGGGAUGACCGACUCGGGCUCAGAGUGCCACAGUUCCGUGAGUUCCCAUAGCAACAACGAGGACGGGCCGGCGGGAGGGAAGCACGCCUUCUUGAACCACGGCGGCGGCGGCGGAGGAGGCGGGAGCAGCGGGGACGAGUACACCCGGCGUUCGGGGGAGUUCAACCGCCGCCAGCUGUCACUCACCGAGACGCAGCACCAGCCCGCCGUGCCCCGGCAGAACAGCGCCGGCCCCCAGCGGCGAAUAGACCAACCUCCGCCUCAGAGCGUCACCCGGGGCCGCACGCCCCCGACCCUCCUCAACAGCGGGCCCUACCCGCGCCCCUCCUCCGGCAACGUGAUGACGGCGUCGCCCGACUGGCCCGGCAGCGGCGCCCGGUUACGGCAGCAGUCCUCUUCCUCCAAGGGGGACAGUCCCGAGACCAAGCAGAGGGCCCAGCACAAACAGUAUCAGCAGGAGAUCGCCGUGCUGCAGGAGAAGCUGCGGGCGUCGGUCCAGAAGCUGGAGGAGUACGAGGCCCGGCUGAAGGGCCAGGACGAGCAGGCCCAGAAGGUCCUGAUGGAGUACCAGGCCCGGCUGGAGGAGUCGGAGGAGCGCCUGCGCAGACAGCAGGACGACAAGGACCUCCAGAUGAAGGGCAUCAUCAGCAGGUUGAUGUCGGUGGAAGAGGAGCUCAAGAAGGACCACUCGGACAUGCAGGCGGUGGUGGACUCCAAACAGAAGAUCAUCGACGCGCAGGAGAAGCGCAUCGCCUCCUUGGAUGCAGCCAACGCCCGCCUGAUGAGCGCCCUGACGCAGCUGAAGGAGCGCUACAGCAUGCAGACCCGCAACGGCAUCUCGCCCACCAACCCCACCAAGCUGCAGAUCACGGAGAACGGCGAGUUCAGGAACAGCAGCAACUGUUAGACGGACGCGGCGCCGCCUGGCCCGCCGCGGUGGAGCGUGUACAGUGACUCGGUGGGAGGACGCUCACGGGCGUGCACGGCUGCUCACGUGCGUGCACGGCUGCUCACGUGCGUGCUCGGCUGCGCGCCCGUCGGAGAGACUGCAAGGCCGUGCGCGUGCUUUCAAAAAGCCACGUUUCUUUCUUUUUUGGACACCGGCGCAGGAGAGAGCGGGCCAACCGGAGGAGGCGGGACUUGAGCGUGACAGACGGGUCCCCAGGAGAUCACCAGAUGGCCUUCGUUACGAGGAGGCGGGGCAACGCUUGUACAUAUGAAACUCAGAGCUGUCCGUCACACACGCGACUGGGACAAAUGCCCGGGACUAACCACUAUAUAACCACACACGGUCACCAUAGCAACCCUCCUCACGUUAUCCUUCUCCCUCUUGACGACCAGGUGGACCCACGUAAACAACAACAACAACAACAACAACAACGUUGCGGCGCAUUGAGGGUCUUCAUGCUCGUGGUCUUGAGAGGAUUACUUUGCUUUAUUUUAAAGUCAUAGUUUAUAAAGAACCAAAUAGGAACUGAAGAAAAAUAGAUAUUUUUUUGUCCCAAAUUAUCUUUAUGUCCCUUUUGACUCCUUGGGUGUGUUCCCGAUGAGCCCCCCCCCCCCCCCCCCCCUCCCCCAGUGCACUUUGUGAGAAGCUAUUGGUACAUGAAACGCCUUAAGUAAGGAACACACCUGGACUUUAUCCCACAGCUCCCCUAUUUCUGCAAAAAAUCAAUAAAAAAAGGCACAACUUAUACUGUGGAUUUGUAAAAGAUAAACAUAAACUUGUACACACAUAAAUGUAUUAUGAACACUAAAGUAAAAGAAUUCUAUGUGAUACUUUAUUAAUGAACUUUAAUAUAGACGUAUGCAUUUGUUUUUCUUCUAUAGAGUAUACACAUAUCUAUAUUUGAUAACCUCAAAUAUAAAAGCAGCCCUUUAUCUAGUUUUAUUCUUCUCUCGCGAUGAAAGACUGUCGCAUGCCGCUUGGCUUCAGCGCCGGAGGAGUCGAUCAGCACCGCCCCCCCACCCGAGGCCCCGCCCCCUCACACAGGGGCGGGGCUUCUAGCUUGCACAACUUGCACACGUCAAGUGAUCCGUUCUGCUCCUGAAAGACACCCAGAUUUGAGUCGAGUGUGUGUGUGUGUGUGUGUGAUCUUCUAGUAGCACAAGAGUUAUUGAGACGUGUCUAGACUCCUCCCCCUUUACACUGGACUGGUGAGCCGUUGUAGAAACGGUCUCCUUGGUUACGACAUCUUCUCUCUGCUUUGUUGGUCGUGAAGUCGGCUGCUUCCAAACUGUGACUCUUCCUCCUCGUGGCAUCAUCUCUCUCUCUCUCUCUCUCUCUCUGGUCACCUUCCUCCCUCGUUCUUCCCCCAAUGUGAAGACGCUAACUGGUGGUUGCCCCCGCCCCCCCCCCCUCCCCCCUCCGCCCCCCCCAGCAUCUGUAUUUUGUAUAUUUUUGCCUUCUUUUUUCUUACCUGUGCGAUGCAGCGUGAGGCUGCAUGCUCCAUCCUCGCUCUAGAGCGGUCGAGUCCUUAACAACUUUUUGUUUUUGUUUCCAAUUCGAAGGUGAUGACGAUGAUGAAUGCUGCAGACAUAUAUAUACACAUACAUACAUAUAUAUAUAUAUGUAUGUAUGUAUAUAUAUUCAGUAAAUAUAUGAUAACGAGUGCAUCAAGAGGCUGGACGCCUGGGAAUGUGUAAAUAAAAUGCUCACACUAUUUUUACCUGAUGUUAACAGAGCUUUUUGUAAAUGUCUGCUGUAUCAUUCUGGAUAUUGUAAAUACAAGAAUAGCUCAGUCGGUCAUCUGUCAUUGGGUAGAACUAUACAAUUAAAUUAACCUUUCAGUGUUCUCCCGGUUAAAGCUAUUAUAGGUUUUAUGUAUUUAGAGUGUAAUAUCACGAGCCAAAAAAAAAAGAAGCUGACUCCAGGAGGAAGUCGUGGAGGAAGUCGUGGAGGAAGCGACCCGGCACUUCCUGUCCGUCUGUAAAGCUCUUUGCACUUUCACGUUCAGUGGUCGGUGUUCUUCAUCAGCUUCUUCUUUUGUAGCGCAGUUUCAGAUCUUUAAAAUAUAUAUAUAUAUAUAUUUAAAAAACGUGGCAAAGUUCAAAAGCGACAGAAAAAUGAUUUUUAAUAUUUCUCUUGCAAGAAGCUUCGCUCUGUUUAGAUCCUCUGAACGGAGAGAAAAGAUAAAGAUAUCGGUAUAGAUAUCAAUAUAGGUAUCAAUAUCGAUAUCGGUAUAGAUAUAGAUAUCAAUAUAGGUAUCGAUAUAGAUAUCAAUAUAGAUAUCAAUAUAGAUAUAGAUGGAGGACGUUCCUCAUACCUCACGAGGCAUUCGGUCCUAAAACAAUAUUGUACGAGUGCAAAGUGAGACGAUGUUACUUUUGACAGAAGUAAUCCACUAAUUUUUUAUUUUUUUUUUAAAGAAAAGUUUAAUUAAUAAGCAAUACGUUGAAUUCAGCAGAUUUACUGGUCUUUCUUUCAACCAGUAGCUUCCGCUGGUUACCGUUGGCUCAUGUAAAAGCCACUUUAUGACUCUAUUGUUCUACAUUUGGCGUUUAUUAUUAUUUAAUUGUUCCAUCAAAAGUGUCAUCGUCUCUCUUCCGGCUGCGUUCUGCAAUAAUAAACAUAAACUGACGUCAUGAAUCCAUCUCGAGGAAGUUGAUUUGGUCCCACAUCCGUUUGUUUUCAGAAAAACCACGAGCCCACUUUCCAAGACAAAAGAUCAAUCAAAAAUAUAAAGCUAUAAGUAAAAGAUGUUGUAUGUUUUCUAUUAUCUUGUAGAAGAAAUACUUUUGUAAGUAUGUUGAAAGUAUAAAGUAUUUGCUGGAUUCUGCUUCCUUUGACGACGGUGACAAAACAAUAAUGUACAGAGGAGCGUGUGGACAGAUGUGAGGUGCAAUUUAUGUACAUUUGCAA